GCGAGGCGGCCUGGGGGGAGCCACGGCGGGUCGGGGCGGCGGCGGAGGCGCUUCCGGGCGGAGGGAGCGCUUAUAAGGGCGGCUGUGCGGCGGCCGCGCCUCUUCCGGCGCCCCCUCAGAGCCGCCAUGACGAAGAAGAGGAGGAACAACGGGCGGGCGAAGAAGGGCCGCGGGCAUGUGCAGCCCAUCCGCUGCACCAACUGCGCCCGCUGCGUCCCCAAGGACAAGGCCAUCAAGAAGUUCGUCAUCAGGAACAUCGUGGAGGCCGCGGCCGUCAGGGACAUCUCGGAGGCCAGUGUGUUCGACUGUGAGUUGGGGGGGGCCUCUGCCCCGCCUAAGAGCAGCCCACCCUGCUGCCUCUGCCGCCCCAAAACCAGCCCAUCACCCCCAAAACAGCCCACCCUGCUACCUCUGCCACCCCAAAACCAGCCCAUCACCCCCAAAACA